CUUUUAGUAUUACCCGCUGGUCCGACCCAGUCUGGCUCUUUUGGUUCUACUUUGGGGGGCAUAAUUGAAGGUGGCCACAAUGGCGAUGCUUGCCUCAACAGACAAAGCAUCCAAUGUGUUUUACUGUACCAACUGCAAGGAGAAGACACCAGAACCCGUUCCUCUAGCCUGUUACCACACAGUUUGCCGUAAGUGUCUUGAAGUCCAUCAAACAUUCAGCGUGGAUAAACACAUCUACUGUCCUGUGUGUGAAAAAAACACACAAUGCUCUGACGAAAUGGACAGUCUGCGAUCACUGUUAAAUACAUGUAUUGGUAGUGCCUCUCGUACGUUAGAAGACCCGUUACUUAAACCCGAGCCUGAAUAUUGCGGUGUCUGCUGCCUACACAACCAGCGCAAUGACGUGACCCACCAGUGUGUUGACUGUGGCGAUGUUCUGUGUGGUGUGUCAGGCAGGGCAUCAAGCAUCAAGCGCCACGUACUCACACAAGGUCGUGGCCAUUGGAGAUGUGAAAACUGGGACAUAUGUUGUCGAGGCAAAGAAAAGAAGCUUUCCUUGUGGUGAUGCCAAUCAUAGGGGAAGGGCUCAUGCAUACUUCUGUCAGUCCUGUGUCAUUCCAAUUUGUGAAUUGUGUUUGUUAUUUCAACAUAAAGGUCAUGUGAUUCUUACCUUGGAUGAGGCUGCGCAGAACUGUGCAACGAAAUUGGAAGAGCGAUCACAACAGCUUAGCACAUAUGUGACUGAAUCUGCUACUCCUAAAUUGAAAAUGUUCAGGAACCUGGAGCGAGAUAUUUCUUCAAUACAAGAGACUGCACUUAAAAGUAUCAGGAACAAGACACAGACAGCUGUGGAUUUAGUUCUAAAACAGGAGCAGGAAGCUGUAAAAAAGCUUUCAAAAUUAUGUGACCGGCAGCUUAAACUCACAAGUACCUUAAAUACUGAUUUAGAGCAGAUGUCAAAUCUGUGCCCCAAACUGUUGUCUCUUACAAACUUAGUUUUAAGAUUGGGGCAGGAUGUGGCAGUUCUCAUUCUUCACAAUGACCUUGAGAGUUGUUUUAAAGAAAGUAAGCAAUUACAAGAUGCUACCGAUGUCUUUGCUUCCAAACUGAAAGUGCCUGUGUUUGAUGUUAGAUGUGAUGUCCCUCCGAAAUCUGUCAUCAGCAUCACACAUUCGUUUCAAAAUGCCGUCGUAGGUGAUGAAAAUAUCAAGAAGGAUGAGACUAUACCAUGUGGCGAGUCUCGCAGUUCUGUAUCAAGCACUUAUCCAGGGAGUACUGCCAAGUCUGGGGAUGGUUUAACCAGGAAACAAGCUGAGGGGAUGAAAGACGUUUCUUUUUCAACUUCACUUAGACCUAAAACUCUCAUUGCCAAAUCUAAUCCUCACUUGUCUGACACCGUGAGCAAAUGUCUGGCUGGUGAAACGGUAAGUGGGAUCCCGUUUGCAAUUGUUGCUCCAAGAGUGAAGUUUGAACCUUCCAAAACUGGAUUUAUCAUCACUGAUGUUUUGUGUAGCAAUGAGAACCUUGUCGCCGAGGGUUCUGCAGAAGAUGGUACAUCAUCAGUCUAUAUGAGAAAUGACAGCGACACCUGUCAGCAGGAAGACUACAGUGGGUUCAAGUUGACCGAGUCUUUGAUGAUAGUAGGUGAGGCUGGGAAAGCCCUUUCAUCAAGGUGUUGUUCUUCUGGACAUCCAUCUGAGGGUCCACUCAAUAGCAUGAGCUUGAAGCUUGAGGAUUCAACAAAUGUGGAAGUCUUUGCACAGAAUGCCAUCAGGCAAGAAGGUAGUCCCGGAUUCCCUGAUGACCGAACCUAUGGACAGAGGUGUGCCAGAUUCACCGAUGAUCUCUAG